UAUAAACAUAGUCCUAAUUUGAUUUCUAUUGGAAUAUUGUAUGAACACAGUUUACUUAAUUUUAACUCGUAUUGCAUCAAUGAACACAAAACAGUCAUUUUUUCGACGGAGACGUUCAUCAUCUUUGACAACAAUAAACACUAGCUUUUCAGAUGAUGAAGACUUUUGGUCAGCAUCUUCUUCAAGAAAAACAUCAAAAGAUUCGGAAUGCAGGAAGAAAAUAAGUUUAUCAGCUGUUCAAUCAGCCAGUGAAUUACAUACCAUGAAUCCCACUAACAUAUCAAAUGAAAUUGAGUAUUCACGUGAAACUUUAUACAACCAGAAUGAAUCACACACAGUCAGAGAGUCUCGAACAAAUUCUUUUCAAUUUGAUAAUAUUAUGUGUCGACGGCAAUCUGUUAGUUUACCUGGAUUUCAUGAAGGAUUGAAUUCUGGUAAAUUAGUAUCCAGAUUAAGUUUAGUCGGUGAUGAACUAGAAGAAAGUUUAAAGCAAUUUAAAAACUCAUAUAAGAUAAACGGCAGAAGAUGGACUAUUUUCGAUUCUUCAACACCAAAACAAGAAUGAUAAUAAUGAUAAUCUGUUUCAUGAACAAAGAUGUGAGUACAACAUCAACAACUUCAUUACUUGAUGACCUAUUUUAUGUAUACAUAACUUCAUUGAAUUGUCUUUCACAACUAUUGUAUUCUAAAUUAACUGUGUGUCCG